ACCUCGGCGGGGAGGAGCCCUCCGGUGACGCGCGGGGCAGCUCGUCUAGAGUCCGCCCGCCCCGAGGGCCGGAGCAGGGGGCGGGGCCGCAGACUUCGGACUCCAGCCCCGAGACCGACCGCCUGCUGCCGAGCAGACCCGCAGCCUAGUCUGGGGGAGCGAGCCAUGACGACGCUGCGGGGGCUCUGGCCCGAGGUGCAGGACACCUGCACCUCGCUGGGUUUGAUGCUGUCGAUCGUGCUGUCCGUGGCGCUGGCCCGCGGGGUCCUCCAGCGGCACGUGCACCGGCCUACGGCCCACACCUUCGUCUUGGAGUUUCUGGCCACCUUCCAGCUCUGCUUCUGCACCCUUGAGCUGCAGCUGCUCGGCGAGCAGGAACCCGCGCACCCCACCUGGUCGCUGACGCUAACCUACUUCUUCUCGUUGGUGCAUGGCCUGACUCUGGUGGGCACGGCCAGCAACCCGUGCGGUGUGAUGAUGCAGAUGAUGCUGGGGGGAAUGUCCCCCGAGACGGGGGCGAUGAGGCUGUUGGCUCAGCUGAUGGCUGCUCUGGGCAGCAGGUACUGUAUAGGCGCCCUGUGGAGCCUGGGACUGACCAGGUAUCACGUCGGUGAGAGGAGCUUCGCUUGCAGGAACCCCAUGCACGUCGACUUGCCCAAAGCCGUCGUCGUUGAGGCCAUCUGCUCCUUUAUCUUCCACAGUGCCCUGCUGCACUUCCAGGAGGUCGGAACCAAGCUUCGUAUCCACAUGCUGGCAGCACUCAUCACCUUUUUGGUCUAUGCAGGAGGAAGUCUAACAGGAGCUAUAUUUAAUCCAGCUUUGGCACUUUCACUACAUUUCAAGUGUUUCGAUGAAGAUUUCCUUCAAUUUUUUAUAGUAUAUUGGCUGGCUCCUUCUUUAGGUAUACUGUUGAUGAUUUUGACAUUCAGCUUGUUCCUUCCAUGGCUGUAUAACAACCAUACAACUAACAAGAAGGAGUAACUAUUCCAAAAGACUCAGACUAAGUCACAAGACAGUCUGGUUGGACGUGAUAAAGACUUUGUCUCCUCAGAUUCAGCACACUGGCUGCACUGGAUUCAUCAAUGUCACUUCCUUUGAGGAAGCUGCCUUAGUUUUCAUCCCUGGGACUUAAAAAAUUACUAUGAAAAUGAGGCAUCCUGUAUUUCUCAGUUAAGACUUGUUCUUUUGAGUGUGUAUUAAAUGCUGCUAGCAGAGACUCACUACAUUAACUAUAAA